AUGCUAGCUGAAAUACAGCAGAAGACUAGGUGCUUGAUUUACAUCCUGAUGGAGCGUCAAAUACGAGCAGCCAAAUUGGAACAGUUGCUAUUGGACUAUAUAGCAUGCAAAUCUCAUGACAAAUUCUCCAAAUCUUCAAUGGAUUCUACCUCAGAAAGAGCUUUAGAAUACGGAUGUGGUUGCCCCCCAUAUGCCACAAAGAUGAGUAAUCAAGCGCGACACAAAAUUGAGAAACGUUCCAAACGAUUUCCAAAAACCGCUCAGAUGGAGCUAGAGAAUUGGUAG